GAAAAAUCAUCAUUAAAUGGAUUUGCUAAAAAAUAUAUUAUUAAGGGUAAAUCAGGUGUUUUACCUAAUCAGUUUUUUAUAGAUAAAUAUCCUAUUAUUAAGGAAUUUCUUAAAAAUCAUCGAAAUACUAAAGUAAAAUUUAUUUUAGAUGUUGUUAUGGAAAAAAAGGAAAAGUUAUCAAAAGAUAGUAAUCAAAUAUUUGAAAUUCAAGAUCAUACAUACUUUCAUUCUGAUACACAUACUAAUUUGGUUUCAACUAAUGUAAAAAAUAUAAUUAGUAAAAGUAAAACAAAAAUUAUUGAAGGUAUAUCUACAUAUCAAAAUAAUGGUAGUGAUUGGUAUUUUAAAGAAAUUAGUAAACUAGAAAUUCAUACAAAUGAAUUCAAACCAAUGAGAGGUUCUUCUUAUAUUCCUCUUCCAGAUUGGAUUAUGAGAAAAAAAGCAAUUGUUAGUAUUAGAAAUAAAGAUCAAAAAUGUUUUCUUUGGUCAGUACUUCGUUAUUUACAUCCAAGAGAAAAAAAUGAUAGUCGUUUGUCAGAUUUAAAAAAAUAUGAAUUUUCACUUAACACUAAAGGAAUUACUUUUCCAAUGAAAGUAAAAGACAUUACAAAAUUUGAAAAUCUUAAUCCAGAUAUUCCAGGAAUAAAUGUUUUUUCAAAUAAUGAUAAAAAUAUUAUUUAUCCUUUGAGGGAGGUAAAGAAAGAAUGUAAAAAUACUAUUGAUUUAUUUUUGUAUGAAGAAGAUGGUAAAUUUCAUUAUUCUCUAAUUAAAAAUUUUCAAAGACUUAUACGUAGUCAAAUUACUACAAGAACAGAUGAACCAAUACAAAUUUGUAAGAGAUGUUUUUGUCAUUUUACAAAACAAGAAUUAUUAGAAAAACAUAUGGAAUAUUGUUAUAGUAAUAAAUCAUCAUUUGUAAAAAUGCCAAAAUCAGGAUCUAGUUUACAUUUUAAAAGUUAUUAUAAACAACUUCCUAUUCCUUUUUGUGUAUAUGCAGAUUUUGAAUGUAUUACUAAAACAAUGAGUAGUUGCUGCCCUAAUCCUAAAGAUUCUUAUAAUUUUAACUAUCAAAAACACGAACCAUCAGGAUUUUGUUUUUAUGCUAAAGGAAUUGCUGGUAAAAAAAUUAAACCAAUUAUUUUUACAAAAUCUUCUGAUGAUGAAGAUGUAGCAAAAAUAUUUGUAGAAAAACUUACUGAAAUGACAAAAGGAAUUUAUAACGAUUUUUAUUGCAAGCCAAAAAAAUUAGUAAUGACAUCAGAAACACAAAAAGAAUUUAAUAACACAGUUAAUUGUUAUAUUUGCGGUUAUAAAUUAGGUAAAGAUAGAGUUAGAGAUCAUUGUCAUUUUACAGGUGAGUAUCGUGGUGCUGCGCAUAACAAAUGUAAUCUUAUGUGUAAAAAACCCAGAAUAUUACCAGUUAUAUUUCAUAAUCUUCAGGGUUAUGAUGCACAUUUAUUUAUUAAACAACUUGCUAAAUUAGAUGGAAAAUUAGAUUGUAUUCCAUCUACUGAAGAAAAGUACAUUUCAUUUUCUAAACAUAUCAAAGUUGGAGAAUAUAAACAUAUAAAUGGUGAUAUUAUUCCAAUAACUUUUGAAAUAAGAUUUUUAGAUUCAUAUAAGUUUCUUCAAUCAUCUCUUGGUAAUCUUGUAUCAAAUUUGUCAUUAGAUGAUUUUCAUAAUACCAAAAGUGAAUUUAAGAAAAAUAUAUCACUAUUAACUAGAAAAGGAGUUUAUCCUUAUGAUUAUGUUUCAUCACUUGAUAAAUUAUUAGAAACACAAUUACCACCAAAAGAAGAAUUUUAUUCAAAACUUAAUGAUGAAGAUAUUACAGAUGAAGAUUAUCAACAUGCAAUAAAAGUGUGGAAUGCGUUUGGAUGUAAAACAAUAAGAGACUAUCACAAUCUUUAUUUAAAAUCUGAUGUUAUGCUUUUAGCAGAUGUAUUUGAAAAAUUUAGAUCAACUUGUCUUAAACAUUACAAGCUAGAUCCAGCUCAUUACUACACAUCUCCAGGACUUGCUUGGGAUGCAUGUUUAAAAAUAACAGGUCAAAAUUUAGAAUUAUUAAAUGAUUAUGAUAUGUUAAUGAUGUUUGAACGUGGUAUUCGGGGUGGGAUUACACAUAUAUCAAAAAGAUAUUCAGAAGCAAAUAAUAAAUAUAUGAAAAGUUACGAUCCUGAAAAGAAAUCAAAAUUUAUUCAAUAUUUGGAUGCAAACAAUCUUUAUGGAUGGGCUAUGAGUCAAAAUCUUCCAACUCAUGGAUUUAAAUGGAUGAAAGAUUUAACAUUGGAAAAGUUAAAUAAAAUUUUAGAAACAAUAAAUUCUAGCAUGUCUAAUACUGGUAAAAAGGGUUAUAUAUUUGAAGUUGAUUUGGAAUAUCCUGAACACUUAUGGGAUAAUCAUAAUGACUAUCCUUUAGCACCUGAGUUAAUGAAAGUUAAUGGUGUUGAAAAACUAAUAUGUCAUUUCAAAGAACGAAAAAAUUAUAUCAUACAUUAUCGAGCUCUUAGACAAUGUUUAGAGUUGGGUAUGAAAAUUACUGCUGUACAUAGAGGAAUAUCGUUUUAUCAAUCUCCUUGGAUGGAAUCAUAUAUUAGAAAAAAUACUGAACUUAGAAAGGCAGCAACCAACAGUUUUGAAAAAGACUUUUUUAAAUUGAUGAAUAAUUCAGUUUUUGGUAAAACAAUAGAAAAUAUAAGAAAAAGACAAAAUGUAAAUCUUAUUGAUAAUCGUGAGAAAGCUAUCAAAUUAUCAAGUCGUCCAAAUUUUGAUAGAAUAACAAUAUUUGAUAAAAAUCUUAUUGCAAUUCAUAUGAAAAAAACUGAAGUGUAUUUUAAUAAACCAGUAUAUGUUGGUCAAGCAAUUUUAGAUUUAUCAAAAACUUUAAUGUUUGAUUUUCAUUAUAACUACAUAAAAAAUAAAUAUGGAAAAAAAGCUCAGUUAUUGUUUACAGAUACAGACAGUUUAAUGUAUGAAAUUAAAACAAAAGAUUUUUACAAAGAUAUAUAUGAUGAUGUAAAAAAUAAAUUUGAUACUAGUGAUUAUCCAUCAGAUCAUCCUUCUGGAAUAACAACAGGAGUUAAUAAAAAAGUAAUAGGCAUGUUUAAGGAUGAAGUAGCUGGAAAACAAAUAACACAUUUUGUUGGGUUGAGACCGAAACUUUAUAGUUUUAAAAUUGAGGAUGAAAAAGAAUUAAAAAAGUGUAAAGGAAUAAAGAAAAAUGUUAUAAAAAAGGAAUUAGAUUUUGAUGCUUAUGUUAAUUGUUUGUUUACAGAUAAAAAAGAAAUGAGAACUAUGAAAAUUAUAAAAAGUGAAAAACAUGAUAUAUAUUCUAAAGAGGUUAAUAAAGUAGCUCUAAGUAAUCAAGAUGAUAAAAGAAAAGUACUUAAGAAUAAAAUUCAUACUUUAGCAUUAAGAUAG